AUGUCGAUAAUAUUCUUCAUUUUUACGUUCAUGAUAGCGUACAUUGCAGCGUAUCUACCUCCUUUUAUUCAUUCAUGUGGUUCUAAGGAUCCAAACUACAACCAGUGCAUUAAAAACAAUAUUGACGAUAUAAAAAAUAAGAUCUGUACAGGGAUACCAGAAUUGAAUAUUCUACCAUUAGAGCCAUUAAUUAUAAAAAAUCUGACUAUUUUUCACACUGACAGUUUGAAGAUUAAUAUAAGAGAUGAAAAACUAUAUGGAUUUUGUGAUUUUGUCGUAAACUCUGUUUACCCGGAUUCUAACAAGGAUCAUUUCAAUCUUGAUUUAAAUUUCAAGCAUCUUCAUUUGAACGGUACAUUUGACUUUGAUUUACGAGUACUGAUGCAAAUUACUCAUAAGGGAAUGAAUGAAAUUAUUGUAGAUAAAGUUGGUUUAAAAGCAGAAUUAGACUUGAAAACAAUAACUAAGAAUGGCAACAAAUACAUAUAUGCAUCGAAACUAAGCAUGAAUAUCGACAUCAAGGAUUUUAUUUACAAGAUUGAUGAAAGCAGAAAGGAAUUAGCUGAUUUAUAUAAAAUAAUAAAAGAUGUCAUAAACAAUAAUAAAGAAGCUAUUGUGAAGCAAGUUAAACCGUCCAUAGAAAAAGAGAUCUCCGAAAAUAUUAUUUUAGUUUUGAAUCAUGUAUUUCGACGUAUCAGUUAUGAAGAGUUAUUUUCCGAAAAAACAAAAAUUAUCUAA